UUUUUGGUUCAAAGUGUUCAAAGGGUUCCACUUAUUAAAGAGUUUUUUAUUUUUUAUAGUUAAUAACUAAGGUAUAUAUUGCCAUAAUAAUUACAUGUCUUGUUUGCAUGAUGCUUGGUUGUUGGGAAUAGUUAUGUCUUCUAAUUUCUUUUUGUUGAGAGGGUGAAGGCUAGCUUUGAAGAAUUUGUAUUCCUUGUACUGAUCAGAUUUAUUUCCUUAAAUAAUCAUUAGAAAUUAUGUAUUUUUUUAGAUUAUAAAUCAUUAAUAAUGUUUCUACAUAUCAACUUAACCCCGCAAAGAAAAAUGUUACUGUAUAUCAACUAAUUCAUAUUACCAUCGGCAUAUAUAUAUAUAUAUAUAUACAUACAUAAUUAUACAUGUUCUCAUAUUGUCCUUGCACUGUAAUUAUUGGACCUUUUUUAAAAAAAUUUUUUUUUCCCAAUAAUGGAACAUGUUUGCUGUUGCGUGGGCUUUGUAAUGAAUUUUAAGCUUUUCAUAGCGACUAGAAAGUUCGAUACACAAAACACAAUGGUUUAAUUAUACGAUUUGGUGCAAUUGUGGAAUGUGAAUUACAUUUUAAGUCUCAUAGAGUUCCAAAAUAUACAAGGAUAUACUUGUUGCUUCUUAAAAGAUGAAGCAGGGGAGAUGCUAGACACACUUUAAAGUACGUAGCGAAUCUUAUUCGACUUGAAAAUCUUAUAUUAUAAUAUUUGAAAUGUUUAACUAUAAGGAGUUUUAUAUGAUUUAUAUUUGAUAGUCUCUUUCUGCUAAGUGUCUAGUGCCGGCUGAUGUGUAAUCUGUGAGAUAUUUUAUCGGAAUUACAUGUAAUUGGUGCUGGUAACGACGUCUCGCAAACUAAGAUUAUAUAUAUAUAUAUAUAUAGAUGUUAACCAUUAAAAAGUUUAUAUUUGUGAUGAGCACUGUUAAGUCUGUUCUGCUUUAUAUAGUUAGUGUGUCCAGAGCUGUGAUUAGUUAGAGUUUGAUAAGUUUUAGAAAUCCUUGUACAUGUAAUAAUCUCUAGAUAUUGGAGAGUGAGAAUCUCAACGCAGCCUCACAGGAUAGGAGUAAUUAGCACUUCCUGAUCUGUUUCCUUUUCCAGAAAUACUCUAUUGCAUUUCCUUAAUUUGGGGUUAAUUUGCGUUUUCAUUUUACUAUGAAAAAAGUUAUAAAUGCAUUUUUAUACCUCUAGUUGAGAAAGAAGCACUUCCUUUUUCAAUUUAUAACACUGCACUUUGGUCGAGUAUGGAUAUAUUUUUACGGUGGUUAGUAGUUUCAUCUCACGUUAUUCCCAUGUGAUCAAUAUUAAAAUAUAAUUUGGUUUGAUUUGUUGCAAUUUAGGAUCUGUAGUUUUAAUUUGUUGUAAUUUAAGGUCUUUAGCUUCAAAUAGUUACAUUUUACUACAUCUAAUCGUUAACCAAGAUUGUUUAUGGAGGGAAAAUUUGAUUGGACAAAAAUGUAACAAAUUACUACUUGAGAGCUAGAAGUCUUAAAUUCGAGGGUUUAAAGUACAACUUUAACUAUAGUGUUUUUUUUUUUUUUUUUUUGGUAAAGACAACUUUAACUAUAGUUGCAUAAAUGCAAUAAACCCCGUAAUAUGUUUGCUUAACCCUGCUCAUAAUAUCAAACUGGUGAAUCUUGGGGCACCUCAACGGUUCUUGAGCAUAAUUCCCCAACUCAUUGUUGACGUCCACGUUAUUGUGUGAUUGUUCAAUUUAUAUGGAUAUUUGUGUUUUCAUGAUCUUUACAUAAUUAAUUGUGUAUAUCUAUGUAUUGGAAGUAUAACAAUUUUGGCCUCCAUAUUUCUUGCUUUUGAAUAAUGAAGGAGAUCGGGAAUGACUAUCUUACUGUUGGAAGUUACCUAGCCAUUUUAGACCAAAAUGCAUUUUAAUAUCUUCAUCUUACAGAGUUUUCGUUUAGGAGGCGGUUAAAAAAAUUGACAUUUAAUACUCUUUGUUACCAAAACCUUUAAAUUUUAACUUUCCUUUUGAAAAUUUGUCAUGAAUUGAUUUUUCUGACUUUUUUUUUAUUUUUGUAAUUUCUAAAAUUGUUUUGAGAAAUUUUUUUUUUUAAUAAAACCUGAAAAAUUAAAAAUCACUGUUUUUUUCCGUCUCUUUCUAUCGUCCUCUUCUUCUUCUUCUAUCUCUCUCUUCUCUCUCUAAGAAAGAACACCAACAACGGCGGACUAUGGUGUUGCAAUCUCACUAUCCCAAGGUUGAGACCUCUCUCACACCUUCGAUGAUGACUCCGACAACAGUCCUCCAAGCAUCCCGAAUCUCUCCUACAGCACUGGCACAGGAGCCAUAGGAGGAUCAUCAUCAUCAUCAUCCAAGCCGAUAAAACCAGGUAGUGCCGGACCAGACGUUGCUUUUGGAGGUCUCGAAGAAACAGAAAGAACCCCAGCUGAUGGACACUAUCUCUCAUCUACAUGUGGAGUAUAAGGAAGCCUUACAACCACUGAUUCGUCAACGAUUACAUUCCGGAGAUCAUUGUUGGUUACCACCACAACCUGACAGCCUGAAAAUAAAUGUGGAUGCUUCUGUCAAAAAGGAAACUGGCAAAUUUGGAGUUGGCGUGGUUGUGCGUAAUGCUUCUGGAAUACUUAUGGGAGCCCCUGCUGAGCCCUUUGAAGCUUCUUGGUCAGUUAAACAUGCUGAACUUAUUGCUAUUCGUGAAGCACUGAGAUUUUGUAUUGAUAUGGGUUUUCACCAGGGUGAAAUUGUUAUUGACUGUAGAGAAGCUCUUCAAGCUGUUAAUUCUCUUCCAAUGAAUACCCAACUAGAUCCAGACUAUUUCUUAGUAGAAUCUCUGCAGGAGAUCUUCUCACUCCAUUCGGGUUUUAUUGGCUCUUUUGCAUCUAGGGAGGCCAAUAGAGUGGCUCAGUGUAUUGCACAAUAUGCUACUGGUUUAACUCAUUAUGAGUCAUGGCUUGAAGUUGGUCCACAGUGGCAUACUACUGUGCUUCAGGCUGAUAUUUGUAAUUCUUCUUUAUAAUUUAAAGUUAUGAUCUAUUUCUCUUCA